UCGCGUAAAGGAUCGGAUCUUUUAAUGGGGUUCUGGACAUAAAAAUGCCUUCGUUGGGAUGCCCCACUACCUUCCCGCAGCCGGAGAGAGAUCCAUGGGUGGUUCUGAGUGUAAAUUUCGAGAAAUUUAGGGUUUCGUUGGGAGAUGGCCAGCUGAUCCCCUGCAUGGGUUUUCAACGAGGGAUCAUGGCGCAACACUGCAGAACAAGGAGAUGCUUUCCUUUCAGCCAGUGGCUUGUGCCAGCCCGAUGGCAGGUUUCGGUAAAUACGGGGAAUUGUGGCGCAAGCCGGAAGCAGUUCUGGUCUGCCCUUGGGUGGGAAACCCUGGCUUGGUGAGCGGCGGUUCUUCUCAGUUUGCGCCUUCUCCGAGCAGCAGACAGAUUGAACCGGUGGCCGGAGUCAGGCCGGAUUGUGGGUUGUCGCCGGAGUGGACGGUUGAGGAGCAGAAUGCGUUGAAGCAGGGACUCAUUAAAUAUGCUAGUCAACGUGGUAUGAUGAAGUAUAUUAAGAUAGCUUCAAUGCUGCGUUGUAAGACUGUAAGAGAUGUUGCACUGAGGUGCCGAUGGAUCGCUGAAAAUGGGAAGCGACGUAAAUUAGGAGAGCAAUAUGUAGGAAAAAGCAUCUACAGUAGUAAGGAAAAGAUGGUGGAUUCUUGCUCAAGCGGAAACAGAUAUAUGGUCAACCCCAGCACAGCUGCAUCUUAUUCUCCUAUGAUGCAUCAAGUGAACCAGAACGAUCUAUUUUCAUGUGAAGUUCCAGCUGUGGAUGAUACAACUCAGCAGCUCAUGGAUGAAAACAAUCGAAUGCUUCAUCAGAUUUCUACUAAUCUUGCAACAUAUAAGGUACAAGAAAACAUUGAACUCUUCUGCCACACGAGAAACAACACCACAACCAUCCUAAAUAACAUGAGCAAUAUGCCUUGGAUAAUGAGUCGGAUGCCUCCUCUGCCUGUGUCGGUAAAUGAGGAACUUCUUGGUACUAUUUUAUCCUGUCAAAAUCAGGCUUUCUUCUUCAGUGACCCUGGCAUUCAUUUGGAGCGAUGGGCACAGCACAACAGCCUACUCCCGUAAAAUGUUGUGCCAGAAUGUCCAAGAUCUUUUCCAGAGGAGAGCAAUGUAAAAAAAAAAAAAAAAAAAAAUCCUGUUUUUGAAAAUAUAAAAGAAACAUAGUACAUAUUAAUCUUGAGAUUCAGGUAAUAAAAUCAUCUUCCAGGCUUGAUUUUCGAAUUGGUUGUAGUCUUCUCUGUCCACAUUUUAUUCUUUUGCUGCUUGAUUGAGAAGUGAGAACGUUUCAGGUGGGUUAUAAUAGCGGAUUAUUGCUGUAUAUAACCUGGAAAAGCCUGGGAUUUGUUGAUCAGUAAAGUAUUCUCCUGGGAAUUUUGUUUGAA